GUUGGAGCUGCUGGCGCAGGAGUGCCGUCGCAGCGCUCAGGUCCUGCAGCAGAGCCGCAUGCAGGGCGGCGCUGAGCCUCAGAGCCGCUGCGAGCAGAGGAGCUUCAGCACCAUCAAGUCUCCUUUGGGGUCUCUCCUUCAUUUGGGGUCUCCUUUGGGGUCCCUCCUCCUUUUGGGGCUGUUUUGGGGUCCUGUCUCUUCAUUUGGGGCUGUUUUGGGGUCCCUCCUUCAUUUGGGGCUGUUUUGGGGUCUCUCCUUCAUUUGGGGUCACCUUUGGGCUCCUCUCUCUUCAUUUCAGCUCCUCUCCUCUGCUUUUGGCUCCUCCUUCUUUCGGGCUCUGCUUUGGGCUCCUCUCCUUUUGGGGCUGCUUUGGGGUCCUGUCUCUUCUUUUGGGGGCUGCUGGGGGGUCCUCCUUCAUUUGGGGUCACCUUUGGGGUCCCUCCUCCUUUUGGGCUCUGCUUUGGGCUCCUCUCUCUUCAUUUCUCCCCUUUGCUUUUGGCUCCUCCUCCUCCUUCCAGGUCCUCCCUUCUUCUUUUGGGGUCCACCUCCGGUUUUGGGGUCCAUCCUCUUCCUUUGGGGUCCUCCCUCUUCAUUUGGGGUCACCUUUGGGGUCCCUCCUCCUUUGGGGUCUCUUUUGGGGUCCCUCCUCCUUUCAGGCUCUGCUUUGGGCUCCUCUCUUCAUUUCAGCUCCUCUCCUCUGCUUUUGGCUCCUCCUUCUUUUGGUCCUCCCUUCUUCAUUUGGGCUCUGCUUGGGGUCCCCUCUCUUCAUUUAGGGUCCUUCUUUUGGGGUCCUCCUUCAUUUGGGCUCUGCUUUUGGGGUCCUCCUCCUUUCGGGCUCUACUUUGGGCUCCUCUCUCUUCAUUUAGGGUCCUUCUUUUUGGGUUCUACCUCUUUCUUUGGGCUCUGCUUUUGGCUCCUCCUUCUUUUGGUCCUCCCUCUUCAUUUGGGCUCCACUUUGGGGUCCCUCCUCCUUUUGGGGCUGCUUUGGGCUCCUCUCUCUUCAUUUAGAAUCCUUGGGUCCUCCCUCUUCAUUUGGGCUCUGCUUUGGGCUCCUCCUCCUCCUUUCGGGUCCUCCUUUGGGCUCCUCCCUCUUCAUUUCGGGUCCUUCUCCUUUCAGGUCCUCCCUCUUCAUUUGGGGUCUCCUUUGGGGUCCCUCCUCCUUUUGGGGCUGCUUUGGGCUCCUCUCCUCAUUUAGAAUCCUUGGGUCCUCCCUCUUCAUUUGGGCUCUGCUUUGGGCUCCUCCUUCAUUUGGGCUCUGCUUUGGGCUCCUCCUCCUCCUUUCGGGUUCUCCUUUGGGCUCCUCUCUCUUCAUUUCGGGUCCAUUCUCCUUUCAG